AUGCACAACAGAUCCAACCGGCUGAGAGGUGGUCGAUCGAAUCCAUCGAAUUACCGGGGUCGGUACUGGCACCAAAGAAACUACGCCCAGACGAACCAGUCCACAUGGAACACCAACACCUCCAAUGCCUAUAGCCAAGCCAAUGUCCUCCAGUUGCAUCCCAGUGUGCCACAGCGCAGUCUGCCAACUAUUAACGACAGGGGCAGCCCCAUCCCCAACCGAACGUCCUGGCUAGCGAACACCGAGUAUCCAAGUGCAGAAGACAGGAUGGAUAUCGACUCCAACGACGACCCCGUGCCUGCCGUGAAUACCGUGACGAGACCCAGUGAGAUGCCACCUCCAGUGACGCCUCCCAAUCCUCGCAGUGGGAUUUAUCGACAUGUCUUCUGCCUCGACAUCGGCCACCGUGGUGGAUGCAACACGGACUACGAUAUCCUCGGGGCUGCACGCGUGCAACUGGACCGACUUCAGAAAUCAGGCUCGCUGGAAAAUCCCGUCCCUGUUAAUCUGCGUCGGUUGCGGGUGCAUGUGGCUAUUGACACCCGGUCAAGUAGCCGAGAAGACGCUUUGGUCAAUGCCAACUUGCGUCUGUUCUUGAUGCAGGAUAUGAUUAACGAUGGGCUGGGAUGGUUUACCGGGCUGCCGUGGAGACAUGAGCAUUUCGUGGUGGAGUUGCUGCGUCCUCAGUACUGA